GGCAGUGGGCGGUGGGAGGGGGAUGAUGCUCCAGCUCCUGACACACAUGCUGUACAGCAACAAUAAUAUUUCAAGAGUUACAAGUGGCUGCGGUCUGCAGCACAAACCGAGACGCAUGACCAGUGAGCUGGCACUUGCUCACAUAACCUGAUUUAAGUUGACAGUGAUCAUCGGUGUUUAUGCUUUAAAGCUCAACAGCUCAGAGAAGAUAGUGACCAGAGUGGAAACGGUGCAAGAUGGGAAUGAAGCUGAAAAGCAGUGCGGGUGCUUAGUUUUCUGAGGACGCACAAGCGGCGCUCCGUGCCAUUGCGCACAACUUCUUUACUGCUUGCAAACGCACCGCAGCCGAAUUACAGAGUGGACUUUCCUGAGCAGGAGCAGAGAUGGCUAUACUCAUUAGUUCUUUGGUUAUUUUUACAAAAUUCCUACUUUAUUUGAAACUAACGUAUUGCAUGGAAGUAGAUUUCUGCAUACCUGUUCGUGUGGAUCAUCAAAAGCAUGAAAAACAUCUGCACCGGCGCGCGGAGCAGAUUCAUGAAAGACAGAUUGUUUUUAGACUAAGUGCAUUUAAACAGGAGUUUUACCUCCACCUCACGCCGGAUUCUAGUUUCCUUGCAACGGGCAGCUUGCCGCCUGAGAGCGGCUCCUCAGCAUCCAACGUCUCUGCAACCGCUGACCUCAGGGAAUGCUUCUACUCCGGUGAUGUCAACGCAGACCCGGACUCCUUCGCCGCGCUCAGCCUGUGUAAAGGUCUCCAUGGGGGGUUCUCCUAUAACGGCAUGGAGUAUUUCAUCAGCCAGACCAGGACUGAAGACGCAGCAGCCGCGUCUGGAUACGGAACCUCUUUCGACAGGACCCAUGUAAUCCGCCGCCGGAGACGCGCUGCGCACUCAAGCGGCAACUUCACCAGCAGGUGUGGAGUUACACCUGACACCAACUUCAACAUUUCCCUAGAGAAGUACAAGCACAUGGGCGAACUGGAGAUUGAUGGCUUAACUGAAACUGUGUUGAAAACCUUGGGGAGGUCCAAGAGGUUUGCCUCCAUCCCCAGGUUUGUGGAGGUGCUGGUUGUGGCAGAUGAAUCUAUGGCUAAAUUUCACGGGGAUGACCUGAAGCAUUACCUCCUGACCCUGAUGUCAGUAGCAGCCAGGCUUUACAAGCACCCCAGCAUUCUCAACUCCAUUAACAUAAUGGUGGUGGGCUUCAUGGUGAUAAAUGAAGCUGACAAGGGACCUAAGGUUUCCAGUAAUGCAGCCCUGACUCUGCGCAACUUCUGCUCCUGGCAGAAGAAGUUGAAUAAACACAGCGACAAGCACCCAGAUUACUGGGACACUGCCAUACUGUUCACCAAACAGGAUCUUUGCGGGGCCACAACCUGUGAUACACUGGGGAUGGCUGAUGUUGGGACCAUGUGUGACCCGAAGAGGAGCUGCUCUGUCAUUGAAGAUGAUGGCUUGCCCUCAGCUUUCACAACUGCCCACGAACUUGGCCACGUCUUCAACAUGCCCCACGACAAUGUGAAGGCAUGUGAGGAGGUAUUUGGGAAACUAAAGGACAACCACAUGAUGUCUCCCACACUGAUUCAGAUUGACAGGAGCAGGCCCUGGUCUGUGUGCAGCGCAGCCAUCAUUACUGAGUUCCUGGACAGAGGUCAUGGAGACUGUUUGCUGGACCAGCCUCAAAGGCAGCUGUCUCUCUCAGACAACCUGCCUGGUUCCAGCUACAGCCUGCACCGCCAGUGUGAGCUUGCCUUCGGCCCCGGCUCCAAGCCCUGCCCGUACAUGCAGCCCUGCUCCAAGCUGUGGUGCACCGGGAAGGCCCGUGGCCAGCUGGUCUGCCAAACCCGCCACUUCCCCUGGGCAGACGGCACCAGCUGUGGCAAUGGCAAGGUCUGCUACCGAGGAGCCUGCACUGAUAAGAACAGCACCAUGCACAUCAAGCUGGAUGGCCGGUGGGGGAAGUGGGGUGCAUUUGGAGACUGUUCCCGAAGUUGUGGUGGAGGAGUUCAGCUGGCCAAGAGAGAGUGUGACAACCCCGUUCCUGAGAAUGGAGGCAAAUACUGCUACGGCCUACGCAUCAAAUAUCGCUCCUGUAACCUCAACCCUUGUCCUGAAACAGGUAAGAGUUUCCGUGAGGAGCAGUGUGAGGGAUUCAAUGGCUUAAACCUGAACACCAACAGACUGGGUUCCUCUGUGGUUUGGGUUCCCAAAUAUUCAGGCAUCUCUCCCAAGGACAAAUGCAAGCUCAUCUGCCGUGCCAACGGGACUGGGUACUUCUACGUCCUCGCUCCAAAAGUUGUGGAUGGGACACCCUGCUCUCCUGACACCUCAGCUGUAUGUGUUCAAGGAAAAUGCAUGAAGGCAGGCUGCGAUGGCAAGCUGGACUCUAACAGGAAGUUUGACAAGUGCGGUGUGUGCGGCGGGGACAACCAUGGCUGCAAGAAGGUCUCAGGAAUGUUCACCAAACCUAUUCAUGGCUACAACUUUGUGGUGAUGCUGCCUGUUGGAGCUUCCAAUAUUGACAUCCGUCAGCGCGGCUAUCGAGGAAUGGUCAGUGAUGAAAACUACUUAGCAGUGAAGAAUCAGCACGGCAAGUACCUGCUGAACGGCAACUACGUGGUGUCAGCCGUAGAGCGCGACCUGCUAGUGAAGGGCAGCUUAAUGCGCUACAGCGGCACCUCCACAUCUGUAGAGAUUCUUCAGGCCAUCAGACCCCUGAAGGAGCCUCUGACUGUGGAGGUGCUCUCUGUAGGGAAGAUGACUCCUCCAAGGGUGCGGUACUCCUUCUACAUCGCCAAGGAGAGCAAAGAGGAGAAGACUCUGCGGAAAGAGGAGAGAAGCCAUGCAGCGCAGAAUAGCAUCUUGGUGGACAGUAAUAGGGUAGAAGCUAAGAAGCAGAUGAUGGGUAAGAGGCCGGCCAGUCAUUGGGUGACAGGAAGUUGGGAUUCGUGCACGGUGACUUGUGGGAAUGGUCUGCAGAAGAGGCUGGUGCAGUGCCACAGUAUGGAAGGGCGCCCUGCAGUGGACUGUGACGGUGCUGACAGGCCUGUAGCAGUGAGAGCAUGUGGGGAUCCAUGUCCCAUGUGGGAUGUAGGGGCCUGGUCCCACUGCUCCAAGUCCUGUGGAAGGGGCUUUAAAAGGCGGCCAGUGCGCUGCAUGACUGAGAAUGGUCUGAAUCUACCCAGAGACCACUGCUCUGGAAGGAGGAAGCCUCAGGAACUGGACCUCUGCAACCUGAAUCCAUGUUAGAGCAUUUUUAUCAUUCAACAUGACGAUUUGACAUGAACCUAAUCAAUCAAAUCGGCAUGAUAAUGAUUCCAUGGCUGUGUUGGGUGGAAAUACAGCCUCACUGUGUCUGAAGGUGCGUCUGCUACACCGAAGAAAGGCAAUGGAGACAGAGAGGGUCUCCCUCCAUUGUUUGAAAAGACAGACAUCUGAAAAGACAGACAUCUGUUUUAAGAGAAAAGAUGGAAAGUUGUCUUCUGGUAAACUGUCAGGUCUAAGGCAGGUUUGACUCGUGGUUAGUCUACCUCUACCUGGAAAGAUGACACAAUGCCUGAGUAUAUACAGAGAGUAACAGAGGAGAAAGAUGCAUAUAUAGUUAGGUGCACGGGAUGAGAUUGCAAAAGCAGACAGAAAUGAAAGUCCAGGACAAACAGAAAACGCAUUGUGAUGUACAACCUCAACACUCACACUGUGCAGAUAUCUCACCAUUUUCUCAUCAUUUUUCUCAUUUCACUGAAGAACUAAUCAAAAUGUGAAAUACAGUACUGUAUUAUUCUUGCAACAUUUAAGACCUGAUUGGUCCAUGCAGUUUCUACAUCUUUUUAUUUCAUCUUUUUAUUUUUACACCUAUUGGCUGUUGUCUGAUGUAGAAAAAUCAAAAACAGCAGCCAAUCACGCUGCUAGUCAGAGUCAGAUCAUCUUAACAAAUAGCUUUACAAGCUUUAUAUCCUUACAAAAUGAAAAACAAUCAACAAUAUAUCCUACGCACUUGAUUCAAUCUUUAUGAAUUCAAUCAAUGUCAAAGAAUUCCUGAAUUUUACUAGUGACCAAAAAUCGAAAAAUAUUUUUUAUAAGAGGAAAAUUAGCUUAGUUACAGCUAAGAUGUUAGUAUAUUCUAUACAGUGAAUGUAGGCUGUAUGUAUGGUGCAAUCAUAAUGAAUGUGUGUAAGUUCUGUGUAAACCAAACCGAUCAAUGCUCAGCUGUUUGUUCGAUGUUGCCAAAGAGUUAUGACCUUGAAAAAUCCCUUAGUACUGUGAGAGACACCUCUCUGCUUGAACUGGACAGAAGUGUGGCUUGCUCAAAGUCCCCUCGCUGUACAAUCCUGUCAUCACCUUAAAGUCCAACUGAAAUUAAACUGCAUUUGUUUGGUCUGCUACAGCAUACUUUUCUGCUCUGUAA